CGAAGAUCUCCCUCCGCUCGUCUGAGGGAUGAAGCGCCAUCUGAAGAAACAUCACGGGGAUCCGUUUGCACUCCGUCCUCGUCCUUGGCGUCCCCUUCCGCGGCGGACGAACUCUCGCCGACCCCCUUUUCCCGCGCCCGCUCUCGUCCGUCUGCCGCGCGUCACCCGAAGCCGGAUCCCAUGAGCGAAGGCGGCUCCCUGCAGCAACGCACCACCUACCUCAUCUCCCUCACCUUGGUCAAGGUAGAGGCGGUGGAGGAGAAUGGAGGGGCGGUCCGCAGCGUUUCCUCGGGGGCGAGCCGGGCGGAAGGAGCCGGGGUCGAGCCGGAAACCCAAACGCCCGGCGGGGCUGGCGAAACCCGGUCCCGGGCGCCGGCGGCCGAGGUUUUCGGCCGAGGGCUCGAAGCGAACGGGGCCGCGGGCGAAGGCGGGGAACCUCCGAGCGAGCCCAAAGAUGCCGACGCCCCCCGAACUGCCGGCGAGAAACCGCCGCCGCGCAGACCUCCGGUCCCCGCGCAGCCCGAGAGAGCCCGGACUCCGACGUCCGCCGACCCGGAGGAAAUCCGCCGCGCCCCCGAAGCCAAGCAAUCCCGGCCUCCCUUUUUGACCGGCACCCCCCCGACGGAGACCCCCGAACCCGUUCGCACUCCCGCCAGAACCGGCCCGCCCAUCCGUCCGCUGGGCCAGAGGCCGGCGAGUCUCGUGAAAUCCCGCGGCGGCGCGGCCCCCCGAGGCCGGGACGCCAGGGAGGGUCGGGAUCGCAGCCCCGCCUCGGCCCAGAGUCUCGAUCGCAAGGACUGCCGAACGCCCGCGCGCUCCCCGGGCCCUUGCAGGGCCUCGUGGGCCGAGGCCAGCGGGACCCGAGCGUGGAGGGACGCGCGGGACGAGGUCCCGGCCGAGAUAGGGGGCAGGGCGUCCCCCGCGUGAGCGUCAGCAGCUUGGAUUCAGAGCUCCUGUUCCAACAGAACACGGUGAGGUCACCGCUUGACUCUUGCCGGGUCAGCAAACACAAAG